UGCUCCUUCCCCGAUAAUUGUCUCUCCACUCUAGUACUGCAGCUUUCCAGUUUGCUAUCUCUGUCCAUCUCAGCAGCAUAUCCACCCUCCCACGCUCCGCCACGCCCGAGCACCAUCACAAGAGGAUCAAGUUGGGCGAGUUUCCCGUAUGUCAGGUGGCCCCCGAGGAGCGCGAUGAAAGGCCCCCGCUGUGUCGUGGAGGGCUGCGAGUCUGUCGCCAGUAGGGCCCCCCCCGGCAGCACCGCUGGGGUCGUCUGUAUCCAGCACUCGCAGCCGGGGAUGGUGAACUUGGUCAACUGGACGCAGUGCUCGGGUUCGAACUGCGGGAAGUACCCUACCUACGGGGUAGAGGGGACCAGCAACCGGGAGUAUUGCCGGGAGCAUGCGUUGUCCGGGAUGGUGGACGUGCACCGCAAGAAGUGCGCCGUCGAGAACUGCCCCACGCGAGCAUCGCACGGGGUGAAGGGCUCGGGGAAGCGGCAGUACUGUGCGAUGCACGCGGCGGAAGGCAUGUCGGACGUCGGGCAGAAGUUAUGCCGCUUCAGCAGCCAGGAGGAAGGGGACUGCGAGUCUAUCGCUCGCUACGGGGUCCGCGGCAGCAAGAAGCGGGAGUUCUGCUCCCAGCACUCUCCCGAGUGGAUGGUGAACUUGAAUGACAAGCUGUGUCUCUUCGGCGACUGCUCGAGGCUUCCCACGUACGGGCAGCGGGGGACCAAGGUGCGGCAGUACUGCUCUCAGCACGCUCCCUCGGGUACCGUGAACGUGACCCACAGGCUCUGCGCCGACCCGUCGUGUACGAGCCAGCCAACCUACGGGAAUCCGGGGAGCCGGAAGCGGGAAUUCUGCCGCCGGCACGCGCUCGAGGGGAUGACCGACUUGGCUCACAAGACAUGUGCCCAUGCCGAGUGCAAGAAACAUCCCAAGUACGGGGUCCAGGGCAGCAACCGGCGAGAGUUCUGUUCCCGGCACGCGAAGCGAGGUAUGGUGCACCUAGGGAACAAGAAGUGCAUGCAGCGGGGUUGCCAGCUGCGCCCCGAUCACGGCAACCCCGGGACAAAGAAGCCGGAGUUCUGCUUCCAGCACAAGAAGCAAGGUAUGGUCAAGGUGGCUGACGUGGUCGCGGCAGCUUCUCUCGCGCCAGACAGCACGCAAAGUACAGAGAAGCAGGAGAUGAAGCCGAACCCCUCUGAACGCCCCGUCGAUCCUAAAAGGGUAAAGCGCAAUCCGGAUAGCAUAGAAUUGCCCGGUUUCUCGUUGUCAGGAGAUCCACCGGCGGUUGCACCGGCAACCGGACCUCUGGAUGUGCGCGCGGUGGCCGCUACACCUGCCGUUCUCACCACGUUUGCUUCCACUGCUGCCUCCGGAGCUUCUUCCGCUACUGCUGUUGCUGCUGCGGCGGCGGCGGCGGCCGUAGCCGCGGCACGGGGGGUGGCGAUGACGACGGUUGCGGUGGGGGGGGUAGAAACGGCGGGCAGAGCUAGGGUGUUGGAAGCGGCACCAAGGGGGGCAACUGGCGAUACAAAAAGUGCCAUGACCUUCCAGUUUUUCCCGGGAAGCAGCGGAGGAAGCACUGAAAUGACCGCAGGGCUCAGGACGGCACAACAAGGUGGCCUCGGUGCCUCACGGGCUCGUCAUGGCAGCAGUGAGGUGUCCGCUGUGCACAACGGAGGUGUUGUAGCUGGAGUCGUUGCCGAUUACCAAGGCAAACACGGCGGAGGAGGCGCGCCCGCCGCUUUCAGGGGGCAAGGAGCUGAUGGUACCGGGAACGUGGCCGCUUCGCAUGGAGUAGCAAGAGGCGUUGUUGGUGCAACCAGUCUCGGCAACAACAGCGGAUCCUCCGCGCUGCACGGGCAAGUAGGGGGCGGCGAAGCAGGAAGCAGUGCUAGCGUUUUUCCUCAGGGCGGAGGCGAAAUCCCUGUUCACGGGGGGGCAAUGGGAGGGGGGGUGGAAGGAGGGGGCGCUGCGGCUGCGAUCGGUGUUCUCCCGUCGUCGCAGCCGCCGGGGGGGGAGGGCGGCAAAGCGAUGUGCCCGGCUGCGGAAGGAGACGUGAGCGGCGGGGUUGUUGUUCCCCACAGCACAACAGGAGUGUCCGUUUGAGUGAUGAACGGUAUCUAGCUGAGGUUUCCUACUUGUUCCUCUUUUCAUGAUCGAACGCUCCGAGCCGAGCAAGUUUUGGCGUUUUGGGUCGACUUGUAACAAAGUUUGAUUGAGUGAUGAGGCAUGUUUUUAAUUUUUUGAAAACACACAGGAAAACAGCACGUGAUUUGUAUCUCUGCUCCGGCGUCAUGGACGACCAGGAAGUCGUGAUUUUUGGGCGAGGUAAUUUCGUGGCGCGACCGUGAAACUAGACGCCAUUCACUGUACUAUACGCUACGCUGUCGCAGUUAAGCUUGGUGUUAAGAUUGGUCAGGAAGCGAAGGGAAGGGAGCAGUGGGGAUAGAAGUUGGGGGCACCUCUGCAAUAUGUUUGCACUCUUCGGCGCGUGUUUUGUUUUGUUUGUUUU